AUGACUUCACUUUUUAGAGGACAGGAAUGGAUGAGAGAAGUCUUGAAUGGACAUCCUAUUCGAUGUGUAAAUACAUUUAGAAUGGACUCCGCUUUGUUUAAGCAAUUAUGUGAAGACUUAUAUUCAAAAUAUGGAUUACGAUCUACUAGGAAUAUGUCAAUUGUGGAGAAAGUUGGUAUAUUUAUAUACACACUUGCUAUGGGUGCUUCAAAUAGAGAUGUUGGAGAGCGAUUUCAACGUUCCGGUGAAACAAUAAGUAGAGCAUUUCAUGAAGUUUUGGAAGCAAUUAGUGGUAGGAGUAGGGGAUAUCAAGGGCUUGCACGUGAUAUCAUAACACCAAAUGAUCCUACAUUUCAAGCUAUACCGUCUUACAUUACUAAUGAUGCACGAUACAUGCCAUAUUUCAAGGAUUGCAUUGGAUGUAUUGAUGGUACUCAUAUAGCAGCAUGCAUUCCUGAGGCUGAUCAAUUGCGAUAUAGAGGGAGAAAAGGAAUUCCUACUUUCAAUGUCAUGGCAGCGUGUGACUUUGAUAUGUGUUUCACUUUUAUAUCUGUUGGAUGGGAAGGAUCCGCACAUGAUACACGUGUAUUUGUUCAUGCAAUUAGUACACCAUCAAUGAACUUUCCCAAGCCGCCACAAGGAAGAUAUUAUUUGGUAGAUAAAGGAUAUCCAGAUAAACAAGGAUAUUUGGUACCGUAUCCAAGAAUAAGGUAUCAUCAAUCUCAAUUUGAACAAGAGCCGCCAACUAAUGCUCAAGAAGCAUUCAAUCGUGCACAUUCUUCUCUUCGAAGUUGUAUUGAAAGGUCGUUUGGAGUAUUGAAGAAGAGAUGGAAGAUACUUGCUAAAAUGCCACAGUUUAGUGUGGAGACCCAAAUUGAUGUUAUUAUGGCCACAUUUGCCUUACAUAAUUAUAUUCGGAAGAAUUCACAAGAUGACAUGAUGUUUAAUGUGCUUGAGCAGCAUCCAGAUUACAUACCGCCCGAUGAACUUCAAGAUUCAAGUAGUAAUACCUCCACCAACGAAAGUUUAAGUCAGACCUCUACUGAGAUGAAGGAGAUUCGCAAC